AUGGCGCGGACCGGCAGCAUGGCAAGUGAUGGCCACGAGCGUCUGGAGCCUCGAUUGCUUCGCGCCGCCGAGAGCGACGAUGUAGAAGCUCUCCGCAAGGUGGUCAAACUGUCCCGGGAACACAAACAAUUCAGCGAUAAUUUUCUCCGCGUGGGUCUCAUGCGCAGUGCCGAACGAGGCUCCGUGGCUGCAACCGAAUACCUCCUUCAACUGGGUGCCAAAACAGACGUCACUGGGAAUCGACUCUCGCCACUCCUUCGUGCCGUCGAGCGCAAUCAUUAUCAAAUCGUCCGGCUCCUGCUGGACUUUGGUGCCUCUCCAGAGAGUGCGGAUAAAGAUGGUCGGACGGCGUUGAUGACUGCGGCAUGGAAGAACCAUGCCGAUAUUUUGCAGCUGUUGGUCUCACGGGGCGCGGACGUCAAUGCGAGAGAUCAUCGCAAACGAAAUGUCCUGCACAAUUUGGCCGCAGAUAAAGAGUGUCGGUGGGGAUGGGGUGAUGAGGUUGUUCAGAUGCUCCUCAGAACAGACUGCCUGAUUGAUGGUAUUGACGGACACGAUGAACUGGGAAGAACACCUUUGCAUUGGGCUUGCGCCCAGGGAAAUUGGCGAUUCGCAGAGCUCCUGUUGACAAGACCCGACGGGCCCAAGGCAAAGAUUGACGCGGCAGAAUUGAGAGGGAAAACAGCUUUGCAUAUUGCUACUGCCCACGAUCGAGUCGACAUUGUUCAAUUGUUGCUGCAACAUAAUGCUUCAAUCAAUGCGUGCAGCGAUGGUGGAUGGACACCACUCCACAAUGCUUGCGAACGAGGCCACGAGGCUAUUGUGCGUAUAUUAUUGCGUGCGGGCGCCAAUAUCAACAGCCAGCUUUUGAAUGGCGUCACGCCCCUACACCUUGCAGCACAAGGCGGACAUACUGAGGUCGUCAAAUGCCUUUUGGAGCGGCAGGAUCUGAAGCGACGGGUGCGUGACAACUUUGGUAGCACGCCCUUCUUACGCGCAGCCCAGUUCAAGCGCAGAGAUAUUGUCUUGCUCCUAGCACCCUUCAACAAUGUGGAUUCCCUGUCGGAGGAUGCAAUAGAUGCAUGCAAGGCCUUCGAUGCGACUGUGGUCGAUUUUGGUAAUUUCCACAACGAAAACCGUGUCCAGAGGAUGUCCGUGUUCAAUCUCCUUUAUGGCCGUGACCCAGAAAAUCCCCGCAAGCAGGCCGUUACGACCAUACCGGCGGACAGUCGAGCAACCGAUUUUCGAUGGAUUCACCUUCCUGCAAAUAACAUGGCGUGGGUCGAGGCACUGCUCACCAAGGCUUUUAUUGAGGAAGGCGCCCACGAUGUUGAUGGCUUCAAGGGUCUGGGGAGAUCUUUCAACUAUCAGCAUCGUGGACAAAAGAUUCAUUCUCACUUUAUGCGACCACUGUGUCAGCAUACCCCUCGCUCAAUCGACCGGCGCGAGGAAGAAAAGAUGGAAAAGCUUGAGAGACAGCAGUCGGAUACUGCGCAGUCCAUCAUGACGGACACUAGCUCUAUCCACCGUAAACACAAAGGCUCCACGGGCAAGCUUGACCGGGUUGACUCGCACUCGCAUGAUGAAAGCGCAGGGGGUGCCAUGGCCAAGAAAAACAAGCACAAAAAACCAGGGAAAUCAGGGAGCAAUCCAGCAACUCCCAAGACCGAGGGGAAAAGUAAAUCGCCAUGGGGUCACGGUCACCAGGACAAGCAUGGCCGAUCGUUCCUAUCGUCUUCCUACUGUCGAGACGCUUCCCAUUCUCAGUCUGCGUCGUGUAAUGUCUGCGUAUUCAUGCCUUAUUUGCACUUUGAGACGGCGGAGAGAAGGCAAAGAAUGCAAGAGGCAAUCCAACGGGCAGAGUUGCUGUGUCUCCAACCGCCUGGGUUGAAGAGGAGUCGCACACGAGACGAAAUGCUGAUAGAUGCACACCUAUCAUCGUCAACGACAUCUCUUCACGUUCGGCGAACUCUAGAUCAGUUUUUCUACCCGAACAUUGAUACUCAGAGUCGAGAUCAGGAUCAAGUGGUCUAUCGAUACCAGACAAAAGGCCCUGGGUGUGGUCAUCUGGGAACGGACCCCAAGAUUUUCAUGGUAGACCAGCUCUGGAUGUGGAUCCUGGGCACGAAUCUCAUUGUGACAAGCUUUCCGCAGCGAUGGGACCAGCCCAAGAAUGAUCCUCUGAAUGUGCUGGAUGGAAUUAUUGAGGACAUCAACUCCAAGACACGUGAUCCUGUCAAGUCGGUAUAUGAUCUGGCCAUCAUCAUUACGAAUCGAUGCUCGGGUGUCUUUGACCGUCAUCGCCUUGGAGACGAUGAGUACCAAUUCUUGGACAUGUUUGAAUCGUCGAUUGGUAUUGCCACGGACCGAGAGACCUUACUAUUUAACCGGUUCAACCAAGCCUCCUCACAGGCAUCGGCGUGGUUGAAGAGUCAUCGAAAACUCAAUCCACUGUCGCGCAGUUCCGCCCGUUCCAUUUCCGGCCGAGAUGGAAUGGAGGAGAAGUAUCUGUCUGACGAGGAAGACUGCUAUCUCGACAAUGAACAGCCUCUCUUUGUCGACCGUUUGCUGGACAUCGGGGAGGAGACGGAUUUGUUGGCUGAGACCAAGGACAUCCGAGAUGAAUUAAACAUGAUUCGUGCCGUGCUCGAGCACCAGCAGCAUGUCCUGCCCGACUUACAAGAUGUCAUUUGCUCGGUGUACUUGGCGCAGCAAAUUUCUCAAACAGAUGUCAAAAAGCGGUUCAAAGAUCAGCAGCGCAUGAUUGACAUGCACUUGAAGGAUAUCGAUCGCAUGGACAAACAAGCCGAGCGCAUCUACCACUCCAUCACCGAUCUGCUGGAUCUGAAGCAAAAACACGCAAACGCCUUCGAAGCACGUUUUGCUCGAGAUCAGGCAGCAGGUACAGCCCGCCAAGGUAAAACGAUCAUGGUCUUCACAAUCGUCACCAUCAUCUUCCUGCCUCUGUCAUUCAUCGCUUCAAUCUUCACAAUCAACAUGAAGGGAUUCCAGGAUCUCAAUCUUGGCUACGUAGCCCGGUACACCUUUGGCAUUGGGUUUGCCAUUUCGAUCCCUCUGAUCUUGGUCGCUCUCUCUGUCGAUGACAUUGGAGACUUCUUCCGGUCAGGCUCCGCCCUGACUCGAAAGUGGCUCUCUCGAAAAUUCAAAGCCACUCCGGCAUCUGAUCGUAUCGACGAUCCGCUUCAGACUCUUGAGAUCGAGAAGAUUAUUAGUCUGGCGCGGACUCGGAGAAGCGAAGAUUUGGGCUACGGGCUUGGAUUGUUGCCCAUGUCUACUCGCAAUUCGAGUCGAACUCGGCCCCGUCUUGAUGUACGUGAAUAUGGGCUGGGGAAAGGAAUGAUGCGACGAAGUUAUGAGGUUCGCCGAAGCGUGGAAUACAGACCCUACACAUGA